UUCACUCAGUUCGACAGCAAAGUCGGAGUUCGCGUUCGUGUCUUAAAUAUUUUGUUUCAAUUGAAAUUAAGCGUGAAAUCUUAGUAAUGAAGUCCGUGAUCUGCAUUUUGGCAUUCGCUCUUGCCGCCACCGCCAACGCCGGCCUUUUGCCACACCAUGACCAUCAUGACGCACACAUCGUUGAAGGCGCUCAUCAUGUUGAUAUACCACAUGGCAGUGGCAUUCACCUGGGUCACUCCUCUGCCAUUGUAAUCGAUGCUGGCGGCGCAGCACAACACAUCGAUUCACAUCCUGUCUAUCACCAUGACGAUCAUAGAGCCCAUGUCGAUGUGCAUCCAAUUGUGCAUGAUGUUCACCAUGAUGUGCAUCAUGACGUACACCACACCGCUGCAGCAGCUAAAAUUGUGCACCACGAACCCAUUCACCACGUUGAGCCGGUGCAUCAUGUCACCAAGGUUGUGCAUCAUGAGCCUCAUCACUUCUUGCACUAUGUUAAGCCCGUGAUUGAUCAUCAUGUCAUUCAUCAGGAUAAUCAUCAUGAUGAACAUUUCGUCGCUCACGACUUGCAUCACGCUGAAGUGCAUCACGGCCCACUCCUGCAUCACCACGAACAUUUGGAUCAUCAUGCUCAUUUGGUUGAUCAUCACCAUCAUCAUCACGCCGCUUUGGUGCAUCACGUUCCUGCUCAUGUUCACAGUCAUCACACACAUGCCGCUGUGGUGCACAAGGUAUAUCCUGGUGAUGCGCAUCAUGGUAACCUUCUUGCUUUCGCUCGUCAUGCCCUCCAUGGCAAAUAUGGUAAAGUGAAGAUCACUGAGAAACUUUACUAAUCGAUUUCAUAAUGAAACUUCAAUUUACGAAAAAACAACAACAACAACUGAAAUUCAUAUACAUACAUAGUAUAACUUAAUCAACGCGAACCUAGAAAAAUAUGGUGAAGAUAAACGAAGAAAAACUAAGAGUUAAUUUAUUAAACGAAUUCAAGUGCUAUUAACGGCACAUAAAAAUACAUACGCACAUUCAUACAUAUAUAUGUAUAUAUUUUCCCAACAUUCAUUAGGUACCAUAAGCACAAAACUACCAUAAUUUCUUAGCCUAGAAGAAUUAUUUGUAUGAAAAUUUAAUUUAAUGUUUUAUUUUCGAGCUUUUCUACUCUCUUCUUCUGUGAGUGUUUCCCGUUAAGGAGGGAUUAUUACUCGAACUUUUUUGUACAAAAAUCAAUAAAAUGUAAAUUUUUAAAUUUACUACAGUGCAAAUGUACAAAAAUAUGUUUUAUUUACGUACCAAUCUGGACAGCGAAAAAGAAGUUGAAAGAUUUCUGCGGCCCCUGUCUGCCGAUAUUUUUUAAGAGAAGACAAAAAUUUUCAAAAAUAUGUUUAAAAUAAGAUUUUUAUGGGAAACAAGAUUGUUAAACUCAAAAAACUUUAAGAAAAUAUUUG